UGGACAGUGUGAUGUCACAAAGGUAUCGUCCCUGCCCGCGUUCCCCCGGGUAUAAAACGUCCGCUGCCCCCAGGGCAUAGUAUCAGUUGCUGCUCAAGCACGCAAGGAUCCACAUUUCCAAUACAAUGGCCCGCAUCAGCGCCCUUCUCGCCGUUUUCGGCACCCUGAUCGCCAGCAUCUCCACCGCCGCAGCUCUACCACUGGUCGCCGCCGCCGCCCCUGUGGCCUACAACGCCGCUCCCCUGGUGGCGAGGGCCGCCUUUCCCUACGCUGCCGCCUACUCUGCCGCUCCCGUUGCCUACUCCCCCUACGCCUACCCCGCCCCCGCGCUCGCUGCCUACGCCGCUCCUGGUGUGGCUCCUUUGGCAUACUCCGCUCCCGCUGUGGCAGCUGCUGCUCCCGUCGUGGCCAAGGCUGCCGUCACCACCCCCUUCGCUUACUCUGCCGCCCCCGUCGCCUACUCUUCUCCUGUAGUGGCCGCCGCGCCCGCCCCCGUCGCCUACUCUGCGCCCGUCGUCGCGGCUCCCGCCGCCCCCGUCGUCGCCGCCAAGGCUGUCGCUCCCGUUGCCUACAGCGCUCCCGUCGUGGCCGCCCGCACCGAGGACGUCGACGCCAACCCCCAGUACACCUUCGCCUACUCCGUGCAGGACGGCAUCACUGGCGACUCCAAGGCCCAGGAGGAAUCCCGCGAUGGUGACGUCGUGCGCGGCUCCUACUCGCUGAUCGAGCCCGACGGUGUCCGCCGCACCGUCAGCUACUACGCCGACUCCAUCAACGGCUUCAACGCCGUCGUGCAGCGUGACGUGCCCGUCGUGGCCGCCGCCGCCCCCGUCGCCGUCACCCCCGCCAAGGUCGUUGCCGCCGUCUGAGCCGAUCCGCACUUCACCCCUAACCGCCAUCCUCACCCUUCUCUACAAUCCGAAGUUCCCGCGCCCAGCGUAAUGUGGUAGAGGGCCCGUCCCUUUGAUCUGCGAUUUGUUUUGUUUUUGUGUACCUUUUAAUUUCUAAUAAAAUGCUUGAACGAA